GGAUCACGGAGCGGUUGAGUGUAAGAUGUCAGGGGGUUCAGAAGAGUGUAUAUAUGUUGAUAUAUGUUGUUUUUGUAUUUAGAGUAGAAAUGGCUGAUGUACCCAGUGUUGGGGAAGUUCUUCAGAAGGUUCUGGAGAACCUGAACGCUGAGGAUCUGCAGGUUCUGCAGAAGCGCCUGGUUCCCGGGGUGAAGCCGGAGGUGGGGGUGGUGGUGGGCUCCACGGUGCAGGUGACGGUGAGGGAGGUGGUGCAGGCUUAUGGAGAAAAAGAUGCCGUGGAGGUUCUCGAGAAAAACCUGAAAACCAUGAACCACAGUUAUCUGGCUCAAAGCCUGAGCGGAAUAAAAGGAUCUCUCCAUCCUGAGGUUCCAUAUGAACAGGUUCUGUAUGAGGGACUCCAGAACCAGACCAUCAUCACCGUACACGGCCAGGCCAAAGAUGAUGAUGAAAAAUUUCAUAUAAACCUGUAUAAAGGCAAUGAUAUAGCGUUUCAUUUUAACCCGCGGUUUAAUCAGGACGGGAAGCAGGUGCUCGUCAGGAACAGUCUGAUCCGGGACGUUUGGGGACCUGAGGAAACAGACCUGUCCUCCCCGUUUCCGUUCACACCUGGAAAUGCUUUCGAGGUGAAGAUUCUCUGCACUGAUGCUGAUUACAGGGUGGAAGUUGAUAAGAAGCCUCUGCUGAAUUUCACUCAUCGCAUCAAAGAAAUUAAUCAGAUCAGGAAACUGUCCGUCAACGGCGUCCUGCUCGACCGUGUGACCAUCAGCCCACUUCCUCUCUGGAUAACUACACCAUCUACAUAUGUUCUGAAUGAUGUGAUCUCUGAAAAGAACACCAUCACCGUCCCUCUGCACGUCAAACCCAACGCUGAAAAGUUCACGAUCGACGUGAUGAAGGAUGAGGACGUUCUGUUCCAUUUUAAACCGUAUUUCUCUGAUGGUGGGAAAGGAAGAGUGAUUGUGAGGAACAGUCAGAUUGGUGGAGCUUGGGGCUCUGAGGAACGAGAAACUCCCUCCUUCCCGUUUGCACGUGGAAAAUCUUACCUGGUGAAGAUCUUGUGCACUGAUAAGGAGUUUAAAGUUUACGUUGGCGACGCCCACCUGCUGAACUUCACAUACCGAGGGUUCGACAUCACCACGAUCAUUAAAAUCACAGUCCUUCAUGAUGUCAUCACCUGGGACAUCAGGGUGGAGUAGUGUAGGUACUGUGUUAUAAUGCUCACACCUCUUCAGUGGUCUCUAAUAAAGAUAUUUCCGUUUAGCAUUUAUUUAAUCUCUCAGUGGAUUCCUGUACAGGAGCAGUGUAAUGAGCUGUUAGUGUUUAAUGCUACUGUAAUUAAUGUGCUUUUAUACAUUUAAAAUUAAUCUGGUUUUACACACAGUGUUUUCCUCUGCUUUCCUGAUUAUAUGUAUACAUGAGUUACUAUCUGAGUCUGACCAUAAAAACACCAGCUGAUUCCACCACA